GCGCGGCGUCGCCAUCUUGCGGGGCCGCCCGGGAACCGGAGGGAGCGGAGGACCCGAGUGCGCAUCCCGCUGCCGCCGCCGCUGCUAUGGUGCUGUUGGCAGCUGCCGUGUGCACGAAGGCAGGGAAGGCCAUCGUGUCCCGGCAGUUUGUGGAGAUGACUCGCACCCGCAUUGAGGGGCUGCUGGCAGCAUUCCCAAAGUUGAUGAACACAGGGAAGCAGCACACAUUUGUGGAGACAGAGAGCGUGCGGUAUGUCUACCAGCCCAUGGAGAAGCUCUACAUGGUGCUGAUUACCACUAAGAACAGCAACAUCCUGGAAGACUUGGAAACACUCCGACUCUUCUCUAGAGUGAUCCCUGAAUAUUGUCGAGCUCUGGAAGAGAAUGAGAUCUCAGAACACUGCUUCGACCUAAUCUUUGCCUUUGAUGAAAUUGUCGCCCUGGGCUACCGUGAGAAUGUAAAUCUGGCACAAAUUCGGACCUUCACUGAGAUGGACUCACAUGAGGAGAAGGUGUUUCGGGCAGUCAGAGAGACGCAGGAACGCGAAGCAAAAGCCGAGAUGCGCCGUAAAGCAAAGGAGUUGCAGCAGGCCAGGAGGGAUGCAGAGAGACACGGCAAGAAGGCACCAGGGUUCGGGGGCUUCGGCAGCUCAGCCGUGUCUGGGGGCGUGACAACAAUGAUCACGGAGACCAUCAUUGAGACUGAGAAGCCCAAAGUGGCACCAGCUCCAGCCAGGCCUUCAGGUCCCAGUAAAGCCUUGAAACUUGGUGCUAAAGGGAAGGAAGUGGACAACUUUGUGGACAAGCUGAAAUCGGAAGGAGAAAAUAUCAUGACUUCUGUAGGCAAACGCUCCGUAGAAGCAGCAAAAGUUCUUGCUCCUCCCAUUAACAUGGAGAGCGUGCACAUGAAAAUAGAGGAGAAAAUCUCCUUGACUUGUGGCCGUGAUGGAGGGUUGCAGAACAUGGAGCUUCAUGGCAUGAUCACACUGCACAUCUCUGAUGAAAAGUUUGCACGGAUUCGCCUGCAUGUAGAAAAUGAAGACAAGAGGGGAGUGCAGCUACAGACUCACCCAAAUGUGGACAAGAAGCUCUUCACUACGGAGUCACAAAUUGGUUUGAAGAACCCAGAGAAGUCAUUCCCUAUUAACAGCGACGUCGGCGUGCUGAAGUGGAGGUUGCAGACCACAGAAGAGUCCUUCAUUCCAUUGACAAUUAACUGCUGGCCAUCAGAGAGUGGGAACAGCUGUGAUGUUAACAUUGAAUAUGAGUUGCAAGAGGAGAGCCUAGAGCUGAAUGAUGUGAUCAUCACCAUCCCCUUGCCGUCUGGUGUUGGCACCCCAGUGAUUGGGGAGAUUGAUGGUGAGUAUCGCCACGACAGCCGGAGAAACCUCCUGGAGUGGUGCCUGCCGGUGAUAGAUGCCAAAAACAAGAGCGGUAGCCUGGAGUUCAGCAUAGCAGGGCAGCCAAACGACUUCUUCCCAGUGCAGGUCUCCUUUGUCUCCAAAAAGAACUAUUGCAACAUACAGGUAUGGUCACUGCUGAUGCUCUAUAGGUGGGAUGUCACCUUUGCCUCAGUCCCCGGCUGGCUGACACUGGCUAUGCCACAGCAGCACCAUGGUCCCACUGGCCAUGGCUAAAAGGCUGUCAUUAACCUGCCACUGAGACAGCUGAACUCGGGAGUGCCAGCAGACAGCACUGGCAGCUGACAUUUCAUGGAGUUUGCCUGGAGUUUGUUGUGUCUUCAAGUCUGAUGGGAAAUGAAUGAUUACUCAGAGACUUUGUUGAAAAAUCCAUCAGCCUUGUAGUUAAAAUACUGCUUGGCAUACAACUGUCUGUCUCCACUGAAGUGUAGGCAAUGGGUACCACUUUGCUCUUCAGCGGAGACACAGUUACCACAGAAAAUCAGUCCCCUCUUUUCAGGUUUCCUGGGAACAAAGAUCUUUGUUUCAGAGCUGAGAUGUGAUUUAAAGGCAGCAGGUCGGUUGUGCUCUCAUGGCCAUCAAUGGCACUGGGAAGUAUGACAUUUCUGUAGUAAGGAGUGAUGAUCAAAGCUGAGCUAAUGUUGCCUGUUGUCUCCACAGGUUACCAAAGUGACCCAGGUAGAUGGGAACAGCCCUGUAAGGUUUUCCACUGAAACCACCUUUCUGGUGGACAAGUACGAAAUCCUGUAAUGCCAGACGUGGUGAUGCGCAAUGGAAGAAAUUUUUAAAUUAAAAAAAAAAAAACGAGGCCGACGUUUAUUCUGAAUGUUGGGAACGCCACAGCCCCCUCUGCUAAGACACGUGGCUCUGUCUGCCAUCUACAGUGUUCCUGGGUCACAGACAUUUUUUGCAGAGAAGUGAUGUGCUCAUGGGGGGGAAAGGCCACAAAUUUCUUUGGCAGAUUUUUACCGACUGGCAAGAGCAAGAUCUCCACAAAGAGCCUGACUUUGACAUGCCCCCCCACCCCGAGAUGCUCGGAGCUCAGCCCAGAGCCGACCAGACAUCAUUCUCUUCUCUCCUGAAGCAUCACAUGCUGUUCGUUGUUGGUGCUGCCAUUUUUAUUUCUCCUUGGGCCUCUGAUUCUCAUGUGUGGGGCCACCUGCUGGUCCUGACCCUUCCAUCUGGUGGAAGCUGAGCAAUUUGACCUCGGCCGCAGAGAUGGGGGGGUCAUGGCAGGGGCAUGGGGUGGGGAAGAGGGACCCAGGGAGGGGUUCAGUCCUUUUUCCCCAUGCAGUUACUGCUGUUCCUCCAGCUCUGCUGUGUGGCAAUGGCCCAGCUCCAGGUACUCUGGUUCCUGCUGCAGCAUGGGGAGUGUCCAAAGGGGACUUGUGUCCUCGCUGUCUUCCGCAGCUGUUCUCAGGCCAGGCUUUGGAGGAAGUUUAGUUAGGUUAGAAGUGGCUGUAUAUCCUUUGCAAGGCAGUUUUGGUGUCUGGGGAGGCUGAGGGCUUUGCCUGCCUGGGUGAAAAGAGUUGUAGAGCCUGGUUGACUUCCUUGGCCUGCGUGUCAGGACCUGUCUCAAACCAGCAUUGGUAAAGCACUGGCAGGUGUGGGAGAAGGAAAUGCUGGUUUCCAGGUAAUGUGGGGGCUGAUCUGAGCCAUUUCUCCUACUCCAGCCUCACUAGUGUUAUUUGCCUCAUCUCGGAGACCUGUGCUCCUCUCACAACUCAUCUCACCUGUAUGGCUGGGGCCUGUCAUAAGGGUCCCCUGCCCCUGGGCACGCCUCACCCAGAGAGCCCAAGUGCAGGUGGAAGGCAGCAGCCCUAAAAGUGAGUGUACUGUGCUCUGUGAGACACAGCCAGCCUAUCAUGGGCUCCUGGGGUCCUCUGCCAAAGAAGUUCCUGGUCUCUCCUCUGCUGGCAGCACCUGAGAAAAAAAUCAACCCUGGUCCUGUCCUGAGAGGGCAAAGCCCUCUCCCUUAGAAAAGUAGGAAAUGAGUCCCAUUAACCCAAUCCUGAUCCAGAGCUGCUUGUCUGUAUGAUUUUUUUAAAUGGAGUCAAAGUUAGUUCAAGCAUCCAAGGAGCUUUUUUUUCCUUACAUUUAUUGGAGGGUGAUAUUUAAACCGAGCCGAGGUCCCCACUUUUUGUAACCCUGUAUGAUCCUGGCCUAGGGAAUAGAGCACAUUCCAGUGUACACAGAUAAUUCUGAGUCUUUAAUCAAAUAAAGUACUGUUAAAGGA